GGAGUUUAUAACAGAGUCGGCGCGGACAGCGAGCCAUCAACGCCGCCGCCGCCGCCGCCAUGUCACCGCUCGCCUGCUCUCUGAUCGCUCUCGCUGCUCUCUUCGCCGUAUCCAACGCGGCUUCUGUAGCCAAUCCGUUUUGCGAUGGUGUAUCUUUAGGCGAUUCUUCACUCCCACCAGAAAAAGAAUUUAAGUUGACAGUUUCUGGUGGUGAUAUCAUCAUCCCUAAUAGAUGUAAACUCGAUCGUAAAUUGGUGGGUCAAUCGCUCAGCGUGUGCAACACGGACAACUCCAUGCCCGAGAUUCAUCCGAACACUAUCGGCGCUCGCCCGUACGAGAAAGUGUUCAUUGACUGCCCUAAGAGCACCAGAGGCUGCGAGGACCUUGAGCUUAAAGUCACACAAUAUUGCCUUCUUGAUCCAAUUGGCACAAAAGGAUAAAAUCAAUCAAUGUAUAUCAGUAGUUUUCUUUUUUUAAUUUCUAAAUUUAAAAUUCUUUGGUAACAGUUGCUCCGCUUUUGGCGUCGCGGAGGUAAAAUUAUUUUUAUAGUCUGGUAAUAUCAACUCGAAUUAAUAUUUUCGGCAUCGGCAAUAAACAAAUUAUUUUCA